AACAGCAGGCAGGGAACUCAAACCGGUCGGACUCCACGGCGACGCACCAAAAAAGAUAGCAACAGCCAACAGAGGAGGAGGCGAAGGCCCAAACGUUCGGGGGCCGAGCGGGAUUUGGAAGCUGCGCAGCGCGCAUCCCAAAUCCCCCAAUCCCGACCCCGACCCCGACCCCGAUCCCGUCGCCAGAUCUCGCGCCCCCCUCCCCGGGGCUCGAUCGAAUCAGCGGCGGCCGGGGGCGACCGGCGAUUCGGGGACGGGGAGAUCUCGCCGAGAUUUGGGCCGGGCUGCGUUGGUGGGAGCCGGGGAGCCAUGGCGUCGGCGCAGGCGCCCUCCUCCUCCGCCGCCCCGUCGCGCAAGGAGCAUCUCGAGGCCGGGAAGAAGCGGCUCGAGCAGUUCCGCAAGAAGAAAGCAGCAAAGAAGGCCACUGCCAUAGCAGCUAGUGCAGAGCCGGCAAAACCGCCUGCUCCUGAUGUAGUGGAGAACCCCCCUCCAAUUGCCAGUACAGCUAGCUCGGGAGACGGGCUGGUGUCUGAUGUAGAGCCAAACCAAGAAAGCACAUCUUCUGUGCCAUCUGCUGUAUAUGAGAGUGGCUCAGCAAGUUCUUCCAGAGGUGCAGAAUCCCUGUCAAAUGGUCCUGUCAGUGUAAAUGCUUCAGUUGGGGUUAGUAAUGUUACACCCCAGCAAGAUGGUGUUAGUGAUGUAGGAAGUAAGUUCUAUGGGAACUUGAGCUUCUCCGACCUUGUUAAUGGUCAUCAUGAGAAUUGGAGAGGUGACGCUGCCCUUAAAAGGGACGAGCACAGUCCCGACAAGGAUGUGCAAUCAACAUCUAAAUUAAGUGUCUUUGGGAACACAAACAGUUUGAGUUUACCUUCUUCUACCAACACCUUGCCGAGUUGGGGAAGAAAUUCUUUAUCAGAUCAAGUACGUGAUACCGAGCAAUCUAGUUCAUACUCAUCCAGCACCAUUUUUGGAAAGUCUGAAAGUGCUUACACUCAGGAUUACUCCACAAGCAAUGACCUCUUUGGUCGGUUGAGAGCUACCUCCAAAGACUCUUCCAAAGUGGAACAAUCUGUGUAUGCCAGCAGUAUGGAUUAUGGCAAUACCUUCAGUAGUUCUAGGAUUACUGAUAGUGUAGAUCAUGAUACAAAUGUUGGAACUUGGAAUGCAGCGGAUUCCACACCUGUUAAUUUUGAAAAACAGGAUCCUUUUCUGUCAUCUGGUUAUCCAACUGCAUACACUCGAUCAAGGCCAUCAUUUCUUGAUUCGAUCGGAGUACAAAGGACCCCUCCAACAACUCAAGCCUCGUAUGGGGAGCCUGCAAAAGCUAAUCAACUAUCCGGCAAUUCAAAUUAUCAGAGUUCAUUUUUGCAGCAAUCAAAUCAACAAUCCACUGGAAGUAAUGUUGCAGAUAACUCUCUUACAUCAGGAAAUCAGGAAUAUAGACACGAAAAAGGGUCAUAUGGCAGCCCCACCCCUCCUGAUUUCUCGCUUUUCAAAGAAGAAAGAAGUAUACAGCAUUGCAAUCAAACAUCCCAAAACUUCACAACUCACUGGAAAGAUGAUGAUUUUGCAGCACUAGAGCAGCUCAUCGAAGAUUUGACAAAAGAGAAGUUUUCCUUGCAACGUACUCUUCAGAAAUCUCAAGAAUUAGCGGAGAAUUUGGCCACAGAUAACUCUGCACUAACUGAUAAGUUCAAUCAACAGGCACAUGUAAUCAGCCAGUUGACAUCUGACAUGGAGAGAUUGCAGGAAGAAAUUCAAGCUCAACUGCUGGCUCUGGAGUCUGUCAGGACUGAAUAUGCUAAUGCCCAACUAGAAUGCAGUGCUGCAGAUGAGAGGGCAAAAGUACUUGCAGCUGAAGUAAUUCUACUAGAAGAUAAGGCUCUGAAACUGAGGUCAAGUGAGUUAAAACUUGAAAAGGAAGUUGAAGGUUUACAUUCUGAGAUCUCUUCUUACAGGCGCAAAGUUUCUAGUCUAGAAAAGGAGCGCCAGCAUCUUCAAUCUACUGUUGAAGCUCUUCAAGAAGAAAAGAAGCUCUUGUACUCUAAAUUGAGGAACAUUCCUGUGAAUGAAAAGGCAACAGCUGCUACAGAGAAACCUUCAGCUGAUAAAAGAGAUGCAUCAACUGCGACAGUGGAUUUAGAUACUGGGGAAAUCAGUUCUUCAGAAACGCUGACCAGCACUGUCGACACAUUGGAAGAUGCUGGAACAUCAAUUUUGAGGUCCAACAAUAUGUCUGAUUUUCCCUCUUUAGAAGAGGUCUCAUCCAGCAUUCCGGAUGAUCAGCUUAGAAUGAUUGACAACAUCAAUUCCUUGAUGUCAGAGUUAGCGGUGGAGAGAGAAGAGCUGCUGCGGGCACUGAGAAUCGAGUCAUCCAACUGCUCCAAGCUGAAGGAGUUGAAUAAGGACCUAACACAAAAGCUGGAGAUGCAGACACAGAAGCUUGAGCUAUUGACUUCUCAAAGGAUGGCUAAUGAGAAUGUCCUGGCAAAACCAAUCGAUACUCGCUCCAUCAAUGAUGCGACAAUGUAUGCUGAUGAAGGAGAUGAGGUUGUCGAACGGGUGCUUGGCUGGAUAAUGAAGCUCUUCCCAGGAGGGCCCAAGCGGCGUACCAGCAAACUUCUAUAAUGGAAAUAGAGGUCCUAGUAUGCCAGAUGUUUCUUUGAUUAGGGCCUGUUUAGAAGAAAGGGAUUGCUCUAGGAGCUUUAGUAUUUAGUUCAAAUUUGAACUAAAUCCUUUGGAUUUGAAUCCAAAUCCCCUCUAUCCAAACAUGCCCUUAUAUAAUUUUUUUUGUUUGCCCGGUUUUGCUGAUAGCAUGGUGAGAUGUGAGAAGCUGUAUAUUAGAGCCAUUCGAUGUAACCAUUCUUUUUUCUACAGAAAAUGAAAUGUACGCUGACUUGCAGUACGGAGCUGCAACCUUGUACUGGCAAUGAAAAGAACAGCCGCAAAGAAUAAAUCCAUUUGUACGAAUUAUACAUUUUGUCCCCA